UAAAAGCUCUGCAAGUCUGCAAUAAAAAUGGCCUCCAAUAAAACUACAUUGAAAUCCAAAACAUUUAUCUUUAAGUGACAAGAAUUAGUGAAGCCGAAAAGAGUACCAGAAAACAAUCUUCUAUUGAAUCAAAGAAUUUUAGUCCAGCGGAGAACACAGAUGGAGAUGUUCCCCACUUGUAGCCUGCUUGCCUCAUCACCACACAAAAUGGGAAAGAAACAGAAUGGCAAAGGUAAAAAAGUUGAAGAGGCAGAGCCUGAAGAAUUUGUUGUGGAGAAAGUCCUGGACAGACGUGUUGUAAAUGGGAAGGUGGAAUACUACCUGAAGUGGAAAGGAUUUACAGAUGCUGACAACACAUGGGAACCUGAAGAAAACUUAGAUUGUCCAGAGCUAAUUGAAGCUUUUCUGAACUCUCAGAAAGCUGGUAAAGAAAAAACAGACGGUGCCAAAAGAAAAUCUUUGUCAGAUAGCGAAUCUGAUGAUAGUAAAUCAAAGAAAAAGCGUGAUUCUGUCGAUAAACCGAGAGGGUUUGCGAGGGGUCUUGAUCCUGAGCGGAUAAUUGGAGCUACGGAUAGCAGCGGAGAGCUUAUGUUCCUCAUGAAAUGGAAGGACUCUGAUGAGGCAGAUCUGGUGCUGGCCAAAGAAGCUAACGUGAAGUGUCCUCAGAUCGUAAUCGCUUUUUAUGAAGAGCGACUAACUUGGCAUUCAUGCCCAGAAGAUGAAGCACAAUAAUUGUUUGCAUUGCUUUUUUAUAUAUAUGAAUAUUAAAACCUGAAAUUUGAUUUAUUAGCAAUGUGAGAAGCAUACGUUCUAACAAGAGUCAAACUUGAUAUUUUUUUGAAGUAGUAUGUUUUGCAUCAACAGCAAGUAAAUAAAAGCUUUCUGCAACUUGUUUCAUUUAUCACAAGAGAGCAUUUGAUACUACUACUUCCUCCAUAUUAGGUAAAAGCUUUUAUAAAACGUUCAUAAACUUCCAUAGUUAUUACAGAAUCGUAUUGAAUGUCUAAACAAACUCACAGAUGUUUUGUAGUCUUCUAUACUAUUGAUGUGCAUGUAUCUUCUUUACCCAAACCUAGCCCUUUAAACCUGUAGAAUCAUUCUUUUUAGUAUUUGGGGUAACUUGGUCCCAAGAAGACCAGGUGAAAACUAACUUUGUAGUAAUUUGAAUGUUAUCAGACUGUAUAUUGUUUACUUUAUUGUAAAUACUGGUGAACAGUGGUCAAUAAAAUAGUUUUAUAUUCUUCCUUUAUA